AUCGUGACUCUAGCUCACGGGAUUGGUGUUGGUAUCACGGGAAGGAUAAGUAUAUAAGAGGAUCAACCGAAUGAAGACAUUAUUCUGAAAGCAUUUCGUUCAUCCAACAGACAUGAAACUUACACUAUUUCUCGUCAUUGCUCUGUUCAGCUCUGUUAUUGCGGUGAUAUCCAGCCAGGGGUGCAGGGAUGAUAGUGACUGUACUCACGUGACAUGUGACAGUUCCUCAAGGCUUGCCUGCUCUCAUGGACAAUGCACCUGUCUGGUUGCAGCCAAUCCUGGUUCCUGCUUUUCAGCCACAUGUACCGCCCGCGCCGACUGCGACAGCUGUAAUUGUAGAGACAGCCACGACGAACGUCACUGUUUUGACGGCCACUGUCUUUGUGGACAUGGUCCAACUGGACCUGGUGGACCAGGCGUAGGGAAAUAAAUGAGAAACCCCAUGGAAAGACUCCAUAUCACGUGGAUCCAUACAUGUAUACAUGUAAAAUAAAUCUGCAAAUACA